AAUUAUUGCGCGGUCACACUGGAAUUAUUACCAUCCACACACCUCCAUCCAUUUCUUUUAUUUAAUUAGUUUUAAUUUAGAUUUCUAACUCUAAUUUAUUGUCGACCCCAAACAAUCGUUGCCCCCGCCAUCGGUACGCUGCAGUUUAGUUCGGUUUCGGUUCGUAUCGGGCGAUAUCGGUUCGAUUUCGAUCCUGAAGAUCAGAUCAGAAUCAGAGAAACUGAACUGCUCUGUGUUUUGUGCUGUGUGUGAGGCGAGAAAAUUGUGUGCACUUUUGAUCGGAUCAAAUCGAAUCGCAUUGUAUUGAAACGCAGCAAGAUGUCGAAGAACAAGAUAAACACAACGUCUGGCACGGCGAACGCUGAUUCGAAUCUGAUCGAGGUGAAAUCGAAGUUUGAUGCGGAGUUCCGGCGGUGGAGUUUCAAGCGAAAUGAGACGGAGCAGAGCUUCGACAAAUUUGCGGCCCUCGUUGAGCAGCUGCACAAGCUAACCAACAUCCAGUUUCUCAUACUCUAUAUCGAUCCGCGGGACAACGAUCUGUUGCCGAUCAAUAACGACGAUAACUUUGGCCGUGCACUGAAAACAGCACGUCCACUUCUACGAGUCAUAGUGCAGCGGAAAGAUGAUCUAAAUGAGUACUCUGGCUUUGGGACAAUGAAACCGAGGAAUCUUAUCGGCAGCAUACUGAUGGGACAUACGCCCGUGAAGACAAAGGCCCCGUCGAUAUCAAUACCGCAUGAUUUUCGUCAGGUUUCGGCCAUUAUAGAUGUGGAUAUUGUGCCGGAAACGCAUCGAAGAGUUCGGUUGCUAAAGCACGGUAGCGAUAAGCCCUUGGGAUUCUAUAUAAGGGAUGGCACCUCGGUGAGGGUUACGGCCAGUGGACUGGAGAAGCAACCGGGCAUAUUUAUAUCCCGUUUAGUGCCGGGUGGCCUGGCCGAAAGUACCGGCUUGCUGGCCGUUAACGAUGAGGUGAUCGAGGUAAAUGGCAUCGAAGUGGCUGGCAAGACCCUCGAUCAAGUCACAGACAUGAUGGUGGCCAAUAGCUCUAAUUUGAUAAUCACUGUGAAACCGGCCAAUCAGCGCACGCUAACGUCUACGCAUCGCGGAUCCUUCUCGAGGAAUAGCCAGCUGUCCAGUGGGUCACAUCACACUAAUAAUACCAACACCUCCGACGAAAUCGAGCACGACGAUCAGGACGAUAUCGUUGACCUAACGGGCGUGACACUUGACGAGAGUCCCACGUCCACAUCAGCCGGCAAUCACAAUCACAAUCAGCCACCAUUAUCCUCAUCACCCUCGUCGCACCACCAGCAGGCAGCCUCCAAUGCAUCCACGAUAAUGGCCAGUGAUGUCAAGGAUGGUGUGCUGCAUUUGUAGGAUUAAUCAUAGGAAAGACAGCACAUCUAGCAGCAUCCCGAACUCAAGCAACGGAAAACGCGAAACCACAGCAGAGAAGCGUAGAGGAUUUUCAGUUUAUCAGACUUAACUUUCCUUAAGAUCGAAUAAGUUCGUUAAACUCGAGUCAAUUAUUUAAUGUUAUACAAGUUAGGCCAGCUAAUCAUAUGUAUACAGAUCGUUUAUUUAUAUAGCUCACUUACUAUAUAGACUGUCAAACUGCUCAAGAAACCAUGUUUUUUGAUAUUAUAUUUAUAAGAUCAGAAAACAUGAUUGAUUGAGUCAAAUUGAGAAUAGUAGAAAUCUAGGCAAAUAUCUUGGUUCAUAUCCUGUAAAUGUUUAAAUAUCACGCGUAUUACGUAAAGCUAAAUUUCUGCAAAAUUUCAACUUGUAUAGUGAGUGAGCGAUAUAUAAAAAACGAUUAUGAUAUAUGUAAUCAUACGACUUUCCCUCAUACAUUCCACGGAACACACUCAAAGUCACACAAAAAACCAACCUAUUCAUUUGCACGUUUUUGAAUGCAGUCCCUUGUUUUAAUCUUUUUCCUUGGCAUAUAUAUAUGUGUAUUUAAAUUUGUAAGAUUUACGUCUUGUUAUUAUUCUUGCUUGUUGCAUUAGACUAGAGUGAGACAGCUAGAGGAGAGAAUGAAAUAGAGAGAGUGCAUCAAAUGCAGAAGGCAGAUCAAUUUACUUAACUUAACCAUUCGGAUCAAACGAUUCGGAAAAGGCAAUAAUUGUAAACAAAAUCAUACAUACGAGCAUGAAUAAUUUAUAACCAAAACAUUCCAUUUUAUGUACUUUGACAAGUCGAAAAAAAUCCCAAAAAUAUGAAUGGUUCUUGAUUUGCGAAAUUUGUUUAAUUUGAUACGAUAAGUCUGUGUAAGUCUGCUAUGUACUUUUUUAGACCAGCUUCACGUUUUUUUUUUUGGCAUUACUCAUUAUA